GUAGAUAACUGAAUAGGUAAGAGACCUAUUGUGCAUAGUUUGUUGCCCAAGAGAGUGAACAAGUGGUGCUAGAAUUUGUUUUUCAUACAUGGGUAGCAUGGUUAGUCUGGUUGUCGGUUCUCACAGCCAACUAUUGCAACGACAGAUCCCAUGGCAGUUGAGCAGCUCAAAUGCAGCUGCUCUUGUGUUGCUCUACUUCCUGAGUCAACACAACAUUACCAAAUUUGUUAGAUUAUGAACAAUCCAUUCAAGAAUAGGAGUAGCCAAAAUAAAAGCGGGAACAAAAACAAUGAUAAUCUAGGCGGAUUGGCUUUUGUUGAGAAAACAUACAUGGUGAAGAAUGUGCAGGGAGAACUCUGUAGAGAAGAUUCACAGCAGUAUGAAGUUUGUGUUUCCCUAUUUUUGAAAAAUCAGUACAUAAGCAUAUAGCACAGCCUUGUUUAGAAAAUUGAUCAAACAAUGAACUGGCUUCAGAUUAGGCAAGCACACAAUAAAAGAAAAUGUUGGAAAGAAAAUUACAGCAGAACCCAAAAGCUCAUAUUUUAACUAUUUGCAGCAACCAGCUUCAUUAAACUCCAAAGCAUUUCCAAGUAUUUACUAAUUUACAGCUUUGAUUGAGAACUUGCUCACGAAUCUAAGAACCAACUAACAAAAAAAAACAACGUGAAUCAAUUACCCCUUUCCAAAGAGUUUAAACAAUUACCAACACUAAAUAAUAGGUCCAAGGUUGCAGCAAAGGGGAAGAGGCAUAGGAUGGAACGUUGAGAAAGAAUUCAUAUCAUUAACAUCAUUCGGAGAGAAUGUAAAAAACCGGAAUCGCAAUCAUCCUCCACCAAGUAGCCAAGGAUGAGAAUAGAUUGAGAAGAGAAGAGUAAACUUGCAUCAGCAACAGCAAGCACCCAGAUUACAGUAGCUACAAAAUUGUCUCACAUGGAAAGCUUUGUAUUUUCCAUUGAACUUAACAGUUACAAAACUUAAAUAAAUAAAAAGCUAGGAAAUAAUCACAUCAUUCCAAGGAGAGCUGCUUACAACAUGAUGUCUCAAAUUUUGUCGGUUCAGCUUGGCUUUUUCAAAUCACCCCAUAAUUAUAAUCAACUUACAAACCUGUGGUGAACAUAGCCCGUUCAGCAUUAGCCAGGCACUAUCAGCAGUUGAUCCCAACUCUUUGUUGCCUACUGAUCAGAUUCUGCAAAAAACUUGUCUCCAUAAUAGCAAGCUAUUGCCUUCUAGAACUUCUCUUCAAAGAGCUGCACAAAGAGAUGGGGUGUUAUCCUGUAGGCAGAAACGCGUACAUGGGAGGAAACGUGGCAGCAGGCAAGGGAGAAGAAGCAAACAACCAAGAAAAUGGAGGACCAAAAAGUCUGAGAAAGAGAAGGUCAUAAAGGAGACCUACCAGGCGCAGCCGCCGUCGUUCCUUGUUCAUCACCGCCGUCAUCCCCAACCUCGUUUUCCUUUAUGUUUUCAAACUCGCCGUCGUCCGAGUGUUCAUCGGCCACCAACACAGGACCUUGACCCAGGGCGACAACAUCGCGUUCAUCAGCCAAAGCUGACCUAAACAGGGGAUCUAUGGAUAUGAGAGAGCGAUGUAUCCAGAAGGAUUCAGGCCGUACUGGGUUCUAGAAAGGUACCUGAGAAGCCGACCACCAUUGUCGGUUUCAUUGUUCAUUCUGUGGUCCGAAGAUGGGAUUGAGCUUAGGAAAGAGGAAUGGCGGGAAGAGGUGGCUUCGGGUCUUGGCGUGCCGAAGUGGGUUGCAGAGGCGAUUGUACCAUUGAAAACCACUUUGGGAUGGGAGAUUUGGCGAAUCGUGGUGAGAGAAUAGAGUCCCAGAGGCGGGAUUCACAGGUGAAUGGACGUGAGCAACAGAUGCGGUGGGGGAUCAGUGGAAAUCAAUUGUACCUUAGGCGAGGAUGGAGCAAUCUAGGGCAGUACGAUUCAUGGCUGGUGGCGUGUGCCAACAGAUGUGGUGGCGGGUGUGAGGAAGGACGAAGACCAGGAAACUUGGAAAAGCUCAGCGGGGUCCAAGAUACAGUUAGUAACCAGUGGUUACUGACUUGUCAGUAAUUAAUCCGGGCCGCAGAUCUAGGAGCCUAGCUCAUCGUGCGGUUGGCCGGACGCGAGGGAAGGGGAGGGGUAUUUUUGUCCAUUUUUGAAUUUUUUGAAUUUAUCCAACAUUUAAUAGUUGGCUUUUCAAUGAAAGAGAGAGAAAUGGUCUUUUCUCUCCAACUCUUCUUUCUCUUUCUCUCUUCCUUCUCUCUUCCUUUCUCUCUCCCAAUCUUCUUCUCCUGAUCUAGAUUUGCUCACUUCUUUUAUUCUUUUUUUUUAGCAAUCGACGAAGAAAAAUUGCAGCCUCCCUCUUUCAUUGCAUUUCUUCUCUUCAUCAAAUCGUUGGCCUCAAUUCGGAUUUUUCUCAUUUUUUGGCAUUUUGGUGUUCUUGAUUUUAGAGGAGGAAAUAAGAGGAGAUAGAAGACGAGUUUUUUUCUCCCUCCUUCUGUUUUUUUUCUUUUAGGCAAUAUAUAUUGAUAUACCAUACUAUACCAUAUGGUAUUGGGUGGUAACGAAAUAUAUAUUGGUAUUACCACACUAUACCAUAUGGUAUUAGGUGGUAACGAAAUAUAUAUUGAUAUACCACACUAUACCAUAUGGUAUUGGGUGGUAACGAAAUAUAUAUUGAUAUUAUCACACAAUACCAUAUGGUAUUGGGUGGUAACGAAAUAUAUAUUGAUAUUACCACACUAUACCAUAUGGUAUUGGGUGGUAAUGAAAUAUAUAUUGAUGUGGCAAAUUCAUACCAUAUUGUAUGCUCUUAUUUAAUACCAGUCAAUACCAUAUGGUAUAGUCGAUACCAUAUGGUAUAGACUAGGGCUGGGAAUCCAGACCAAACCGUAUGGGAAAUCACGGUCUAGACCGUAUCGUAUGGUUUGGUCUGGACCGUGAGACCAGAACUAUGGUCUGGUCUGGUUUGUGGUCUCCUCCUUUAGUGCGUGGUCUGAAGUGGUCUGGACCGUGGUCUAUCGCAGUAAACCGUAACAGACCGCGACACACUACCUACUACCUUGGACAAAAAUAACACUAAAUUGAACCUCCAUAUGUGUAUUUGAAGAACAAAGUUAGUUGAUUCUUCAUCUAGUUGAGAGCCAACAAAUUGCAAAAUGAUCGCUUAUAUGUUAUCUCCUUAUCAAAGUACCACACAAAAAUUAGAAAGACUCAUAAAUAAUAUUCACAGAUAAUGUCUAGACUAUGGAGUCGAUAAAAAUUAACCACUACAAAAAAAUUCGUUCACCUUGAUGAGAGAAGGAAAAUUAUUGAGAGAUAUGCGACCAUCUUAGUGGUUCGAAAUUACCUCGACGUCAUCAAAAAGGUUAUCAACUCGGAGAACCUUCAGAUCACUCGAGAGAUGAGAGAAGCGGUAGCACAAAGAGGAAUAGGGAAAUAAGGCUAUUUGAAAAUUGAAAAAACCAACUUCCAUCCUCAUAUUUCUUCUCAUUUAAUACAAUCACAAUUUUUUUUUGUUUCACUAGCAUAUUGGUCACUAGAUUUUUUUUAUAGAUACCGGUGAAGGGUUGGAGGGCGAACAAGAGUUAAUUUUUUUUAACAUGGUCUGUCUGGUCCAGACCAUACCGGAUCGCACCGCACAGGUGUGGUGUGGUCUGGACCGUGUAGUAUAUGGUCUGGUCCAUGGUCUGUGUUCCAACCUCUCGGUCUGGACCAUAGACCGUAUCUAUGGUCUGGACCGGACCGCACCGUUUCCCACCCCUAGUAUAGAAUGGUAAUAACCGGAAAAAAAUUUUGUGUCCAAAAAAAUAUCAAAGUGGAUAUCAUUUUGAAGAGCAUAAUUAAUCUGAUCUAACUGUGCAAAAAAAAUUAAAUUUCGACUUAAAAAGAGUGAGAAAUCGUCCGUUAAAGAUUAAGAGAAGGAAAAUUAAAGGUUUUUCGAUGAGAGAGAAGGAGGUCCUGAUGUGGUCGGUCAAAAGUCAGGGCGUCAGCUAUGAAUAGGGGAUAAGUGCAUUUUACCUUACUGCCUUUUAGCAUUUAAUUUAAAUAAAAAAGUAACUGACAC